AUUAUACAAAUAGAGAUUGUACAUUUAUUUAUGCGGUCAUUGGAUCUACUUUCUCUCAGCUAUGUCUAUAUAAAUUUAAUUUAAUCUUAAAAAAAAAAACCAUUUCCCCACUCCAUAUUUCUCCUUCUUCCUCCUCAAGUCACAAAACCAAUUUUACACACAGACAACAGAGCAAAAUCCUUAAGCUGAAAAAAAAAAUGGGAAGAGACUGGUCUUGGCUCGGAGGAGGAGGAGCGAAGAAGAAAUCCUCAAGCAAGUCAAAGAAAGACAUCACAACGACGCCGCCGUCUCCCGCCGGGAAUACUGCAACGGCGGCGGGAUGCAUGAGUGCUGUAUUUAACAUUUUCGAUUUGCAGCAUUUACAGUUUCCCAUUAACCACCACCAUCUUCAUCUUCCCAAAGGCGUAGAUGCACCGAGAAACAGCUUGGAAUCAACGGAGGAGGAGGAGGAGACUCCAUUUUCACCUUCAAGAAAAGAUGGAAAUCUAAAUAUCUCGAUGGGUAUUAAAAUCAAGACAAAGCCACAAGCAAAAUCAUCAUCGUCGUCAUCGUCUAUUGCAGCCACUGAAUCAUAUUCUCCGAGUGUAAAGACACCAACUUUGGUCGCUAGGCUCAUGGGUCUUGAUCUUGUUCCGGACAACUACAGAUCAUCUCCUACUCCAUCGUCUUCUUCUUCUUCCUUAACUGAUCUCAAGACACCAACAAGAUCUUCUCACACCAACAAACACAGACAUUACUCUCUCCAAAGAAACUCUAUCGACGGAGGCACACGAUCUCUUCCCGAGACACCGAGGAUUUCACUCGGAAGGAGAUCCGUCGACGUCAACUGUUACGAACACCAACGUUCUUCACUUCAUCUCAGAGACAACAACAUCAACAUGUCGUCUGAGCGAGAAUCUGGUGUUCACAAUGUCAGGUUCACGAGGGUUAAAGAGAUGAAGAUACACGAAGAUAAAGAGAAUCGGAGUCCACGAGGGUACGCUAGACAGAUAGUGAUGCAGUUGAAGGAGAACGUUAGCAGGAGAAGAAGAAUGGGAACUGACAUAACCAACACCACAAGAAGCAACAAAGAACAACAAUCAAAAGAGCUCCAUGACUCUAAGAAAGCUUCUAAGAUCACAAUCAUCACUCAUGAUUCACCAUCCCCGAGAUUAGCAUUAACUGAAAUCCCCAAAACCAAACCAACCUCAUCACCUCAGACAGAUAAUGUUGUUCCCAAGAUUCUGGAGACGACAGUGAAGGUUCAAGACAAGACCAGGUUACCAACAGUUCAAGAAGAGCCCCAGGGUGAAGAGAAAGAAAAACAGAGCAAGUCUGCCAAGAAAUGCAAGAAACCAGAGAACUUCAAGCCGAGGUUAGUGAAGCCGCCACAGACAAUGCAGGAGGAACCGUUUGUUCGAUCACCAGCAACAAGUAACAAGAACAAUGGUCUUCUUCUUAUUCAAGGAGACAGGUCCUCCUGCAAGAAAACUCCUCUCUCCAUUAAUGAUCUCAUAAACUUCUCUAGUGUUCCCUCUCUUCACACCAUCAAGAAGAAAUAUUCAUCUCCACAGAAAUCGUCAAACGUAUAUGCUGAUGCGUCAAAGCUCAGAGAAACGCAAUCAUCGAGAAACAGAGCAUCAUCAGAGUUUUCUAGUUUUCCGAGCCAAUCACAAACGCACAUUGCACCAAUCGCCGGCGGCGAGUUAGAGUACAUAACAAGAACCCUAAGACGAACUGGAAUCGACAGAGAUACACCAAUCUCAUACGCCAAAUGGUUCUCUCCUUCACACCCACUCGAUCCAUCGAUCUUCUACUUUCUCGAGCAUUUCGCCAUUACAUCGAGCAGACCUAGAAAUUCGAAGGAAGAUCUAGCUCUUCGAUGCAAUCGGAAACUACUGUUCCAUUUAGUCGAUGAAAUCCUCGCCGAUAUCUUAAAGCCGCACAUCAAUUUGAAACCGUGGGUUUGCCGUUACCCGAUUAAAUCUCGGAGGAAUCUUAUAGGAUCGGAGCUGAUCGACGAAUUGAGUCGGAGAAUCGAACAGUUUCCGUCAGCCGAGUGUUUAGUUCUCGAAGAUAUUGAUACUCUGGUCGCCGGAGAUUUCCCGGAGACGGCGACACAAGCGUUUGAAGAGGAAGGCGAAGGAAUCGUCACGGAGAUCGAGCGAGGGAUUCUCGAAACGCUCGUGACUGAAACGACGACGGACUAUUACGACACGUGGAUCAAAACGGCGCCGCUUAGGAAGAGCGAUGAUGUCAGUGGCACGUGGGGAGUUCACGUGACGAGAUACUCUUCAAAUGUGGGGUCCCACCACGACUCGUCCUCUUUGUUUUGCCAAAGGAGAUUGAGGCAUCCACGUGGAUAAAAGUAUUCCACAUGGCUACCUUUUAUUGGUUUUCCCUUGUAUAGAUCUUUUUUAAAGUUAUUUAUAAUAUUAAUUUCCAAAUACUUUUGUAGCCGUUAAACAUAAAUAAAUAAAUAAGAUAAAAUUUUGAAAUGUGGAGUGGUGUGGACCGGUAUGGUGCUUUGUGAGAUAGAUCUGUCAAAUUCAGAUGUUUUUGUCCCCCGUGUAUUCCAACAUCCCAUGGGUUUUGCAUAUGCUAUGGUAGACUAAAGAAUAGUAUUCAUCUAUGUUUUGAAUAUUUUUCUUUUGAUUUUAUGUUGUUGAAAUUUUGUUGUAACGAAAAUUUGAAAAUUAAAAAGGUUUAAUAUACGUCUAUAUUUUAUAGUUUAUGAAAUUGAAUCACAAUCAAUGGGUCUAUCGGAAAUAUGUGAAAUAAUAUCGUACCUAGAUUCGGAUAGUCUUAUAUAGGUUUGAAAUAACUAUACAGGCAUACUAAAGAAGCUUAUACUAUUUUAAGGAUCUACGACAAGAAAAUGGUUUUGGCCGAAGAAUUUUGAUUGUUUGAAUUAUGUUUUUUUGCCAAAUUAGCCUCAUGUCUUACUUUGAAAAUUUGAAAAUGUUAUUCAUAAUAACUUAAAAUCUUUUAGU